AUAAGGACGUGGUUGUUCCGGUGAAAAGUGGAUUUGCUGCUGGAAGACAGGCGGUCAUAGAGUAGAUUUUAUCAUGUUUUAAUCAACUAAUGUAUAUAUUUUUGAUGACUAGGUGAUUUAAUGGAACAAUACAAUGAGACCUAGGUGUUUUUCUUGUGAAAACUCGGCACUGUAACGCCUCCUGCUGCUGCCUAGCUCUCUAUCGACUGAAGAAACAAUGCAGGCCUAGCUAGCAUCUAACGUUAGCUAGCGGAAGCUAAUCGGAUAACGCUUGUCCAGCGGACUGCAGUGGGAUUUAAACCUUGGACGAAGCCGUUUUUCGACGCUGUAAUAACGUCCAAUCCGCUAUGAGCUCUCAGCUACAGGUCUUCUCUCCUCCUUCCAUCUCCUCCAGUGCCUUUUGCCGGGUUAAGAAGGUGAAGGUGGAGAGCAAUGUCUGGGAUGUGUCCACCACUGAAGCUUACAGCUCCAUAGCAGGCCAGUCGGCAUACACCUUUACCCCAGCCAUGGCUGUGCCGCCCUUUGCCCCAUCUCUGGUCUUCCCCCCUGCAGCACCCGGCUCCAGAGGUCAAGUGGUUGUGCGGGCAGCUGAUAGCACUGGUAGUCUUCCCCGUGGAUCCAGCCGGCGUGUAACAGAGCAGGCGACAUCUUCCUCUUAUGCUCAUACUGAGACAUCCUCUGAAACAAGGGGGCACAGGCACGGGCAGAAGAGAAAGAUUGAGGAAUCCAAUGAAGGCAGUGGGAGUGGAUGUGGCAGUGUCCAAAUACUGGAGGAGCUCUCAGCCCCUGCAGCAACUUACUCCACCCGUACGGGUGGUGGUGGAGGAGGUACAGGCCAGUCUAUACCCCACUCAGCUCCAACCACAAAGAGCAGCAGCUCCAACGGGGAAGGGGAUUAUCAGUUGGUGCAACACGAGAUCCUCUGCUCCGUGUCCUGCAGCUAUGAAGUGCUGGAGUUUUUAGGAAGAGGCACGUUUGGACAAGUAGCCAAGUGCUGGAAGAGGGGCACCAAUGAGAUUGUGGCCAUCAAGAUCCUGAAAAACCAUCCUUCGUAUGCUCGUCAGGGCCAGAUUGAGGUGGGUAUCCUGAACCGGCUGAGUGCAGAGAACGCAGAUGAGUACAACUUUGUGCGUUCAUACGAAUGCUUCCAACACAAAGGUCACACGUGCCUGGUGUUUGAGAUGCUGGAGCAGAACCUCUAUGACUUUCUCAAGCACAGCAAGUUCAGCCCACUCCCCCUACGGCACAUCAGGCCCAUCCUACAGCAGGUGGCUACGGCGUUGAUGAAACUGAAAAGUCUGGGUCUGAUUCAUGCCGACCUGAAGCCAGAGAACAUCAUGCUGGUCGACCCCCUUAGGCAGCCCUACAGGGUGAAGGUCAUUGAUUUUGGCUCAGCAAGUCAUGUGUCCAAAGCUGUCUGCUCAACCUAUCUACAGUCUCGCUACUACAGGGCUCCCGAGAUCAUUUUGGGUUUGCCAUUCUGUGAGGCCAUUGACAUGUGGUCUCUAGGCUGUGUGAUCGCUGAGCUGUUUCUGGGUUGGCCUCUCUAUCCUGGAGCCUCUGAGUAUGACCAGAUCCGUUACAUUUCUCAGACGCAAGGCCUGCCUGCGGAGUACUUGCUAAGCGCCGGCACUAAGACCAGUCGCUUCUUCAAUCGAGGACCUGACUCUAGCUAUCCGCUCUGGAGGCUUAAGACACCAGCAGAGCACGAGCUGGAGAUGGGUAUCAAGUCUAAGGAGGCCAGGAAGUAUAUCUUCAACUGUCUGGAUGACAUGAUGCAGGUCAACCUGUCUUCUCAUUUGGAGGGGACAGACAUGCUGGCAGAGAAGGCUGAUAGGCGAGAGUUUAUAGACCUGUUGAAGCGGAUGCUCCGUCUUGACGCAGACAAAAGGAUCACACCUACAAAAACUCUGGGUCACCCCUUUGUCACAAUGAGCCACCUCAUGGAUUAUCCGCACAGCUCACAUGUGAAGUCCUGCUUCCAGAACAUGGAGAUCUGUAAGCGUCGGAGUUCCUACGAUAGUGGCAAAUCCCUGUACUCUACCAAUGCAGUCCCCAGUGCUGCAGCGGGCAACCUCACUGUUACCUUCAGUAGCCAACUCAACCAGCAUAACCAGGUGCCUUCUGCGGGGGGAGCGGUGCCUUUGCUGAACUACCAGCCAGCUCUGUACCAGCAGGCGACUAUCAACAUUCCCGGGCUGGCUCAACAGAGCGUCCCGAUUCCAACGCGUCCUGCUGGGCUGUGUAGCCAGACAGAACCCUUCCAGCAGACUCUCAUCGUCUGCCCACCCUCCACUAUUCAAGGGCUACAGCCAUCCAGUAAGAGUUCCAGUUUCCCCGUGAGGAUGGAGAACUCUGUACCCAUAGUACCUCAAAACCAGUCUGCGCAGUCGUUGCAGAUCCAGCCAAGUAUGCUCACACAGGGUUCCUGCACACCCCUGAUGGUGGCCACCCUGCACCCAUCCUCAGCAGGCAUAGCCCCCCAGUAUUCUCUGCCCCUCGGGCUGGGCACCGGGGUGGGUCGGCCCACCCUCCUGGAGCACACAGCCACAGUGCUGCAGGCCUGGCCCACUGGCACCCAGCAGAUCCUCAUACCGUCAUCAUGGCAGCAGGUCCCAGGUGUGGCUAUCCAUAGCUCUGCCCACCAGUCAAACGUAACUGAAUCACCCAUGGAAACGCUUCACUCAGAUGCUUCCACGCAGCAGGGACACAGCUGGAGGGGCUCAACCCAAGCCAGGACCCAGCAGGAGAGGAAGAAAGUGAAAGCCAGACGUGGAGAAAACAGAAACAGGGGUAUAUCUGCUGCGUCACUGCUCAGCAGCAGCGGUGUGACCCCACCUAACGCCACAUUGUCGCAGCCAAUCGUCAUCUCUGACACACCCAGCCCAGCGGUCAGCAUCAUCACUAUUCACAGUGACACUGACACAGAGGACGAGCGCAAAUUCCAUCCUGCCAGCGUCGGCUUGAGCCAGCGCACUAAUGUUAUCAGCUGUGUGACGGUGCACGACUCAGACUCCUCUACAGCCAGCCCCCUGACUCCUCUGCCCCGCACACUUAACCCAACUAGCACCAUGUCAUCACGCCAUGCCAAGUCUCUGGCAGUGGUAGCACCUUCAGUCAAAACCCAGGGCUCUGAGAGAGGAGCAGUUUCACGUGGACGCCUGGAAACUGUGAACUACAUGAAGCCUAAGAGAUCAUCCAACCGGCAGCCCUGCAGCUCAGGGGAGAGCAUGGAGCGUCACGGACUGGUGCCAAGCCAGUCACACCCUUUAAACCUCAGCCAGGUUCAGCCGGUGGUGUCUUCAUCUCAGGAGCGCUCCCACAGUGACUCAUCGUUGCGUCGCCAGCCAACCUUCCCUCCGGCCGUCUCCUCUCACUACAACUUCCCCGAGGUGUCCGCCCUGGCCCCAGCCUCGGCCCCUGGCCCCAGCCUGUACGCCUACCCGGCCUCCACCGCCCUCUCCUCAGCUUCUCAGGCCAUGGAGCAGCUGCUAGGCCGUGGUCACGCCAGCCACGGACACUCCCCCUCCGCCUAUGCAGCAACGUACACCUCAUCCUCCUCCUCCAGGAGAGACUCGGCCAGUCGUAAGGACUCUGUCAGUAGUCUGCUGCAUGGCCUCCCCGCUGCCUACCAGCAUCAGUUCGCCACUGGUUCUCCCUACGUUAGUGUGACGCCCCGGGCUGAGGCUUACACUGCCUACCAGCUGAGCCCCAGGCGCCUCACACAGUACCCAUACCUAUAGGGAGUCACUCACACACACACACACACACACAC